GCUGGUGCAGCAGGAGGAAGCGCCGUUUCCGGUAAUGAGCGACUGACUGCUGACAAACACCGACGACAAACCCGCUGCUUUCGGCAUCUACCGGCGUGAAAUUGUCCACUCUCAUCCGGGCGGGACGUCAGACGGGUUCCAGCCAAGCGUUCGGCUGGAGAGAGGCGUGAAGCUGCAGCAGAGCCGCGGAGUUUGAGCCUCCCAGCGCCGGUAUGGCCCGCGACUACGAUCACCUCUUCAAGCUGCUGAUCAUCGGUGACAGCGGUGUUGGAAAGAGCAGUCUUCUCCUGCGCUUUGCAGACAACACUUUUUCAGGUAGUUACAUCACCACUAUAGGAGUGGACUUCAAGAUCCGGACGGUGGAGAUUAAUGGAGAGAAGGUGAAGCUGCAGAUUUGGGACACAGCCGGACAAGAGCGAUUCAGAACCAUCACGUCUACGUAUUACAGAGGAACCCAUGGGGUCAUAGUAGUGUAUGACGUCAGCAGUGCUGAAUCCUUUGUUAAUGUCAAGCGUUGGCUGCAUGAAAUAAACCAGAACUGCGAUGACGUCUGUCGAAUAUUAGUGGGCAAUAAAAAUGACGAUCCAAACUCUAAGGUUGUGGAGACGAAUGACGCACAGAAGUUUGCUGAGCAGAUGGGCAUCAGCCUGUUUGAGACGAGCGCAAAAGAGAACAUCAACGUGGAGGAGAUGUUUAACUGCAUCACAGAGCUGGUGCUCCGGGCAAAGAAAGAGUCUGUGGCCAAACAGCAGCAACAGCAGCAAAACGAUGUGAUUAAACUCGGCAAAAAUAGCAAACGGAAAAAAAAAUGCUGCUAGUGGAUGAACAGGUGUUCUUCUGCACGGCGAUCUUCACAUGCAGAUGGACUGUGAUCAUCUCACUUAAGAUUUCACAAAAACACAAUGUGUACAGAUGCAGGCCUUUUUGGACCGAGACAAACCACAGUGACUUUUUAAAAGAAAAUGUACAGAUUUUAUCAGAGUCAAGGAUUUUUAUUUGGAAUUCGUGAUAUUUAAUAAAAGAUCUUCCUUCUUUAUUGAAGGACCUUCAAGCUGACGUGAUCGCCAAACCGUGCAGGUUUAUGUAUGCUUACUCUCUGUAUACUCUACAGUGAUUAUAUAUCUCUAUUAUCCACCAUCUCAGGAGUGAUUUUUGUUUUCCUCUUUAUUUUGCUUCUCUUUGUCUUUUUUGUGGAAUGCCAUUGUGUUUUCUGCAUGAACAAUUUGGGCCUUUUUUUUGCAGUUUUUUUUUUUAAAUCCUUUUUAUUUUUUUAUGAAAGCAUACAAUUACAGAAAUUUACUCAACAUGGACUCAAAAGGAUGCCAACAACUUUUUUUAUUUUAUUUUUUAGAUAAUAUCAAUUAGUGAUUUUUUUUUUUCUUUUUUUUUUUAAGCCUGUUUCAUUGGGUGAAUCUUGCAAAAAAAAAAAAGCUUCUCCAGGUCACAUAAAAUUUUGUAUUAUAUUUUGCACAAAGAAAAUGAAGCCUAUGUUUAGGAUCAAGCACAUUUCGUCUGAAAUUACCAUAGCCAAUGCAAGAAAUUUGAUGUUUAUAAAUUAUAAAGUAAUUCUACAUCAUGAUAGUAUUUGUUAUACAGAAAGGGAUACAAAAAUGUCUUGUUUAAAGGUGUUUUUGUGUUCCUUAAAAGAAAAGAAAAAAAGACUAUUAUAGCAACAAGAAUUGACUGAGAAAUUAAAACACAUUGAUGCCUUUCAGUAAUGUGCAUACAAAAGAGCAUUAGCAUUAAUCAAG